AUGAUAGUUGUCCCUUUCCUUGUGGUCCGGGCAGCCAGCCUGAGGCUUAGUUUCUUGGUCCUGCUUUCUUUCUGGCUGGACCAAGGUGUGGUGGCCAAGGAGUUGAAGUUUGUGACAUUGUUGUUUCGACAUGGAGACCGAAGUCCCAUUGAAACCUUUCCUAACGACCCCAUUAAAGAAUCCGCAUGGCCCCAAGGAUUUGGCCAACUCACACAGGUUGGGAUGGAGCAGCAUUACGAACUUGGAGAAUAUUUGCGGAAAAGAUAUGAAAAAUUCUUGAAUAAGUCUUAUAAACGUGAACAGGUUUAUGUUCGAAGCACGGACAUUGACCGGACUUUGAUGAGUGCUAUGACGAACCUUGCAGCUCUGUUUCCCCCAGAGGGCAUCAGUGUCUGGAAUCCCAACCUACUCUGGCAACCCAUCCCAGUGCACACAGUGCCUAUUUCUGAAGAUGGGUUGCUGUACCUGCCUUUCAAGACAUGCCCUCGUUUUAAAAAACUUGAGGAUGAGACUUUGAAAUCAGAGGAAUUCCAAAAGAGGCUUCAUCCUUAUGAGGAUUUUAUAGAAUCCUUAUCAAAACUUUCAGGAUACAAAAGUCAAGACAUUUCUCAAAUUUGGAGUAAAGUCUACGAUCCUUUAUUCUGUGAGAGAACUCACAAUUUCACUUUACCUUCCUGGGCCACUGAGGGUACCAUGACUAAGUUGAGAGAAUUAUCAGAAUUGUCUGUCUUGGCUCUCUAUGGAAUUCACAAGCAGAAAGAGAAAUCUAGACUCCAGGGAGGUGUGCUGGUCAAUGAAAUCCUCAAUAACAUGAAGACUGCAACUCAGACAUCAAACCACAGAAAAUUCAUCAUAUAUUCUGGACAUGACACUACUGUGAGUGGCCUACAGAUGGCGCUAGAUGUUUACAAUGGAAAACUUCCUCCGUAUACUUCCUGCCACAUCACAGAACUGUACCUUGACAAGGGGGAGUACUUCGUGGAGAUGCACUAUCGGAAUGAGUCGCAGCAUGAACCAUAUCCCCUCACACUGCCAGGCUGCACCCACAGUUGUCCUCUGACCAAGUUUGCUGAGCUGCUUGACCCUGUGAUCUCCAAAGACUGGGCUGCGGAGUGUAUGAUCACAACUGACCACCAAGUUCUAAAGGUUGUACUUGCCAUUACCUUUUGCCUUGUGGCUGGUGUCCUAAUGCUGCUGCUGUUUACCCUCAUCCGCCAUGGACCCUGCUGGAAGAGAGAAUACUCUCGGGACUUCUGA